AUGAGCCCCAAUUCAGAGCAGGUGUGGAGCGUCUCGGAGAUCAUGACGAUGAAAUCUCUCAUUGCCAGGCACAACACCACCACCAACAACAACACUGAUAUUGUGGAAGAGCUACAAGCACGGUUCCCUUGGAAGGAGAAGCGUCAGGUAACCGACUUGUAUGUUGACCUUGUGGUGGAUAUGAUUGAAAGUGGCAAUCAGGAUGCGGCAGCAAGGAGCAGCCACAUGAUUAAAGACAUUGCAACAUCUGUGGAGGAUCCAGGCAUUGAUAACCUCGACAUGUUGUAUGGUUAUCUGAUGGAGGAGACAAGGAGCAUGGGGUUGUUCCUCCACGGUCUGCGUGUGUACGGCCGUGGUAACUGGAAGAGCAUUUCCAAGUAUUUUGUUACAACUAGGACACCAAUGCAAGUCUCCAGCCAUGCCCAGAAGUACUUUCUUAAGCUAGAGAACACUGCGAGGAUGCAACAACGCUACAGCAUCAAUGAUGUCAGUCUCUAUGACACUGAGCCUUGGGUGCUGAACAAUGCUUCAGGCAGGCAGCAUGGGCUCACUGGGGGCACCUUCAUCCCAAAUGACCACAGCUCCGGUGAUGAGCUCACUGACAUGAACAACCUAUCCGAAGUCCAAUCACCAUUGUUGUAUCACGCCAACCAGGCAACCACCGGGAGCAUAGAGGUGGAUGCCUUUGCUGGUAGUCAGCAGCAGAUGAUAGGUGACACUAGUACUUCUGAGGUUCCAGUGAUGCAGGGUGAUGGGAGCCAGAUGCCCUGGACUGGUGAUCAGCAUGCAGAUUUUUUUCUUGCUGAUGAGUGGAUUUGGAACAUGGACAUGGACAUGAAAUAG